AUGAAGGUCUCAGGACUCGCUGUCUUCGUUCUCUCCUACCUCUCCACCGCGGCCCUCGCCGAUCCCAACUCCGGUCAAACAGUUACUGUCCAACUGUCCAACGACCAAUCUGGCGCAAAUGCCAACGCUGCUGUCCCUGCCGAUGGCCAAAAGCACUCCGUCGAGUCCAUCUGGGGUCAUACAUCCGUCGCAAAGGAUGGCUGUAUUUACGUUUCCAGCGCCCAGCUUGUUGCAUUCCAACAAAAUACUGUGUGUGUUCUCUUCGGUGAAGGUGAUCACGCUAUUUUGACUUCCCGUCAAACUUGGGUCUCGCUGAAGGGCGGCAAAGUUGUCAACUUGAAAGACUCGUGGAUUGUCUGCGAUAAUAUCUAG